AUGACUGAAUUAUACGACGUCAUCAUCGCCGGAGCCGGCCCAGUCGGUCUUCUACUCGCAUGUGAACUCGGACUGGCGGGAGCUUCCGUCUUGGUUCUGGAACGUGAUGCCAAGCCCGAGUCACCCUGGAAGAGCAACCCCGUCGGCAUGCGGGGUCUCCACCUUCCGUCAGUCGAGCUCCUGUACCGCCGGGGCCUUCUCGGCAAGCUGUUUGAUCUCUCCAAACGGCCCCACUCGCCUCCGAAGAGUUCCGGAAUGCAGUUCGGCGGCCAUUUUGCCGGCAUUCCGCUCGACCUACACAAACUCGAUCUGGACCGCUGGAAGUAUCGCCUCCCCGGCCCCUCGCUGAUGCCAGGCCCCAUCACAAUUGACCUCAUUGAAUCGGUUCUCAGUGAGCGUGCGGAGAGCUUGGGCGUCAAGAUCCUCAGAGGUCACGGCUUCGACAAGAUUCUCGAGGAGACUGAACAUGACGUCACGGUCGAGGCCGGAGAGCAGCAUCAAGCUUUCCGAGGGAGGUGGCUCGUCGGGUGCGACGGCGGGCGCAGCGCGAUCCGCAAGGCCGCCGGUUUCGAGUUCGUCGGGACGGAGGCGACGUUCACAGGCUACGUGGUCCACUGCGACCUGGAUCAUCCCGACAAGCUGGCACCGGGGUUUCAGCCGACGCGAAGCGGGAUGUACAUCUUCCGGAAGCCGGACGCCGUCUACCUCAUGGAUUUUGACGACGGGGCGGGCCGGACAAAGGAGCUUUCGCAGGAACGUCUGCAGGACAUUUUGAACCGCGUCAGGGGCGAGACGGACGUCCAGAUCACAAAGGUUCACCUUGCCACGUCAUUCACGGAUCGCAGCAAGCAGGUGACGGCGUAUCGCAGGAACAGGAUUCUCCUCGCCGGCGACGCUGCGCAUAUCCACCCUCCACUCGGGGCGCAGGGCAUGAACACGGGCCUGGGCGACGCGAUGAACCUAGGUUGGAAGCUGGCCGCCUCGGUCCGGAGGGAGAAGGCACGGGGAGGCGAGGUCGACUUCGCGCUCGUCGAUACGUACGGCAAAGAGCGCCAUCCGGUUGGGGAAUUCGUCCUCGAAUGGAACCGCGUCCAGGUUGCGACGCUGCAGCCUAACCCCGCUGGAUAUGCCGUCAAGAAGCUCAUGCGCGAUAUCAUCAACACGGACGACGGUGUCAACCACUUCUUCGACCGAGUUUGGGGUCUUUCGCAGCGGUAUGAUUUGGGCGACAAGACGCACCCGCUUACUGGGCAGAGCGCGCCAGACUUUACGUUUACAGAUGGUUCGAGGCUGGGCCCCAAGAUGGAGGAGGGUCGCGGGCUACUUGUUGACUUUGAGGAUGAUGGAUCAUUGAAAGGGUUGCUUGCGGGCAGACAGUGGGAAAGCAGAGUCGAUUAUCUUGGCGCGGAGGUGGUGGACAGGCGAGGGGUUCGCGCCUUUUUGGUGCGACCGGACGGAUUCGUCGCUUGGGCCGCGGAGGAGAAUUCAGAAACAGACACAGCGGCGUUGGAGGAUGCGUUGGAAUUUUGGUUUGGAUUUUAA